UCUUACAAUACACUUCGAAAAGAAAGACGCCCCCUGACCGCUGUAAAAUGAUUCGUCAGUUGUUUUAUGUGUUGUUAUUGGUUGUGCUUCAUGCGAGAGCGCAGCGAACAGUUCACCAGAUCAACCCUGGUCCAGAAAGGGAACAUUACCACGGCAAAAAUCAUCUCCUACUGAAAUCGCCAAAAGAUGCCAUUACCGAGAAGGAAAGAAGUUCAACGUAUUGGAACGACGAAGCUCAACGGACACUCAGUGAGAAGCUAAACCAAAAGCCCGUCGCUUCGAAAGCUAAGAACAUCAUCUUUUUCAUUGGCGACGGUAUGUCCCCGCAAACGGUGGCUGCCACUCGCAUGUAUCUUGGCAAUGAAAAUGAAAUGCUUUCCUUCGAAAAGUUUCCCCAUCUGGGACAAGUACAGACCUACUGCGUAAACCGAUUGGUGCCCGAUUCGGCCUGUACGGGAACGUCCUACCUCUCCGGAGUUAAAAUCAACUACGGUAUGCUGAAUUUGGCAGCGUCAAUUCCCAGAUAUACCUGUGAGUAUGAGAAAAGCAAUGAAACCGAAAUCUAUGGUUUGAUGAAGUGGGCUCAGGAUGCCGGAAAAGCGACUGGUAUUGUGACGAAUACUCGGAUAACGGAUGCAACACCGGCAGCGACAUACGCUCAUAGUGCGAGUCGUGGAUGGGAAGGCGACGGAGAGGUUGCCAACGAUAAAUGUGAUCCGAAGAAAACAAUCGACAUUGCCCAACAGAUGGUUUACAACGAGGUGCCGAAAAAUUUCAAAGUCAUUCUUGGGGGUGGACGAAGAUUUUUCCUACCUAGAGAGGUGAGAGAUGAAGAAGGAUCGCGCGGAUAUCGUAUGGACGGUAGAUAUCUGAUAGGCGAAUGGCUGGGCAUACACAAAGCGAUGGGCGAAUCGUCGUACGUGUGGAACAAGACUCAACUAAUGGCGACGAACUUUGGCGAAACGGACUAUCUGUUGGGUCUCUUUGAAGCCAGCACUAUGAAAUACAAUCUGGAAAUUCAAGAUCAGGGCACCGGUGAUGCUGAACCGAGGCUUGUGGAAAUGACCGAGGCCGCUAUUAAAAUGUUACAGAAACACGCCGAUGGAUUCGUCUUGUUCGUGGAGGGUGGAAUGAUUGAUCUGGCACAUCACAGCAAUCGAGCACGAAUGGCGCUGGAUGAAACGGCAGAGUUUUCGAGGGCGAUUGAGCUUGCUCGGAAGCUUACGAGUGUCGAGGAUACGUUGAUUGUGGUUAGUUCGGAUCAUAGUCACACUAUGACUUAUAAUGGGUAUACGAAACGAGGUCAAGACAUCCUGGGAUUCGCGGACAAUAGCGACCGUGACGGUUUGCCGUACACCACUUUGAGCUACGCCAACGGACAGGGUUACUAUGAAACUUACAAACCGGAAAAUUUAGCGCAACGGCAGGACUUGUCGGAACAAGAUUUCACGGUGUACAACAAACGUUAUCCAGCAACUGUGCCGCUUAGUACGGAAUCACACGGAGGCGAAGAUGUCGCUGUGUAUGCUUCAGGACCGAUGUCGCACAUUUUCAUCGGUAAUUACGAGCAAAACACGUUGCCCUAUCUGAUGGCGUAUGCUGCGGAAAUCGAAUGGCACACUCCCGAAUCGAUUCAAGAUGAAGAUGGUGGAGCUGCUUGGUUGUCGGUAUCUUUGCCUUUGUUACUAUGUCUAAUCAUUACGGUUGCUCUUUGGGAUCGAUAUCAGGCAUGA